AUUUUAUAACUCUUUUCAGUGCAAACAGAACUUCAAGCUAAGAUGGUUGCGUUCACAGUGGCAUUGGUGGUAAUUUUAAUAUUGUUAGUGUACAAAAUCAGCAUCCGCAACCACGGCUACUGGCGCAGCAGAGGAGUGGAAAGCGUCGAUGCGUUGCCAAUUGUCGGUUCCCUCUGGUCCGCGCUCUCAUUACAAGAGCACAUGUCUGAACUUUUCAGCCGACUCUACUAUGAGCACAAGGGCAAAAGGUUCGUCGGUUACUAUCAGGGAAACACUCCGGGGCUGCUGGUGAUGGACCCUGAACUCAUCAGGUCGAUCGUCAUCAGCGAUUUCUCCCAUUUCGUUGACCAUGGAUUCGAAGUUGACCCACACAACGAUCCAAUGCAGUCUCGAAACUUGGUUAACAUGAGCGGCCAGCAGUGGAAGGAAAUGCGCACCACGCUGUCCCCGACCUUCACCUCAGGCAGGAUCAAGGCUAUGUUCCCACUUGUGUACGAAUGUGCUGAUAACUUCGAAAAAUACUUGAGAUGCCACCAAAACCAGGAUUUGGAUAUAAAGGAUUUACUCGCCAGAUUUACCACUGAUGUUAUUGGAUCUUGUGUUUUCGGCCUUUCGGUGAAUUCUCUAGAAAAUCCAAAUGACACGUUUAGAGUAAUGGGAAAAAAGAUGUUCGAUGUGGACUUCAUACAGGGAUUCAAAAUCACCUGCAUUUUCUUUCUUCCCAGCGUUGCCAGGUUAUUCAGGUUCAGCAUCUUCAGCCAAGAACUUAAUAAUUUCUUCCGCAAUCUCGUGAAAGAUAUAAUUGAGAAGAGGCUACAAUCAGGAAACACAAGAAAGGACUUCAUGCAACUACUGAUCCAAUUGAAAAAGGGUCAAUUGAGCUCAAUUGACGGUGAAUCACAGGAAAUGAACGGAUCUGCGUCUACCGUCCAGUUUACGGACGACGACAUUGUGGCACAGGCGGUUGUGUUUUUCGUCGGAGGUUUUGAGACGUCUGCCACGUCCUUGAGUUUCGCAAUGAUGGAAAUUGCACGCAAUCCAGAAGUGCAACAGAAGGCUCGAGAUAAUAUUGAAGAAGUUUUAAAACGCCACGGCGGCGAAUUAACUUACCAAGCAAUACAAGAGAUGACCUACCUUGAUAAUAUAUUGCAAGAGGCUCUUCGAAUGUAUCCCCCGUUUGCAAAUUUAACACGAGUCUGCACGAAAAACUACAAUAUUCCCCGAACGAAAGUUUUUUUGGAGAAAGGCACACUUCUGGUGAUCCCAAACCGCGCAAUACAGAACGAUCCUGAGCACUUCGAGGACCCCCAAAAGUUUAACCCUGACCGAUUCAACGACGAUUGCGUGGACAAAAAUAACAAAAGCAUCAUGUUUCUGGCUUUUGGCGACGGACCCCGUCAGUGCAUAGGAAUGCGAUUUGCCAAAUUGCAAUCCAAACUUGGAUUAUUUGCAAUUCUGCGUCACUUCGAAGUUCUGGAGUCGCCCAAAAGUGUCUAUCCACCCGUGAUAGAUCCAAAGCAAUUUGUUCUGGCUGCGAAAGAUAACAUUUACAUCCAGCUCAGAGAAAUCCAGAAAUAACAACUUUUUAUACUUUUAGAAAAAAUUAGUAAGUAAUUGAUUGACUAAAGAAACCCCAAUGCUGCCCAAUGGAAAAAGACUUGUAUAGUAAAAAUUGAGAUAAAUUUUCAGAAAAUUUUGGCGUUUGAAGUAGUCCGAUAUUAAAAUAAACACUUUAAUAAUAUACAUCAUGCUCUACGAAAAAAAUAUGAAACAUAAGUGUGUAUGAAGCAAUCUGGUUGACCCUACAACACAUAUAGGGACAAUUAUAUAAUGAUUUGCUUAUUGAAUGUCAAAACUUACCUACACUUAAUUAAUUUUUAAAAAUUUGGAUUCCAUUGAACUAUACGUUUCCUUUAAAAAACGAAUUUCCAGCGGCGCUAAAAGAUUUUACAAAUGCACAGCAGGUGCAAGUUUCCGCUCUCUUCAAGCAGCAUUUAUGGAAUGAAUUUAAAAGUGCUGUAACGUCAAGAUCAUUUUAACUUUUGAAUGCCUUCCUUAAAAUCAUAAUAUAAUAUUUUUUAUAAUUUCUUUUCACGGAUCCUCUUUUCUAUUUUCUUGGUUUGUGACUGCACAGAAUAUUUAUUAUUUUAAAUUUGAAGAUCAACGUAAUUCAAUUGAUCGUGUAAUUUCUGUGUUCAUUGAUAAAUACCAGCAAAAAAUAUCAUCGCUUUAAUAAUAACAAGUUGGUUUCGCUGUUAAUGUUUAACAAACAAGCGAUUUCGUCCAAAUUUUGUACUUUUUUUAUUUGGUCCUGGAAAAAAUCAGUUUCAGCUGCAUGAACUCUUUUUAACUUCAUUGCCAUUUCCCCAAAUUCAGAAUAAAACGUUUCGCGGAAGCAGAGCGUCCGGUCGGUGCGUGGGUGACGGUGAAGAGGCGCGAGAAUCAAUACGGGCGUUAGCGCUCGGCACGGCAGAAAAAGAAGGAAAAUCGCGGCGCUGUGCUCUUGCGUCUCGUGCAUGUGUAUGUGUGUUUCGCAAGGGUUGGCGGACGAGGGCGGUGCUUUCCGCCAGCUAGAAAAGACGAGCACGAGAGAACCGCAGCGCUGAGCACACACACACGGGCGGAUAAUGCGCGCGCGCUGCUAGAGCACCUUUCAGGGGUUGGCUGCUCCUAUAACUGUGUCCUUUGUGCCCGGCCGGCGUCUCAUUAUUUAUUCACGCGUCCUUUGCUCGCUCGCCCGCCCGCCCGCCUGCUGACGAGCUGCUCUGUUUGUUUAUUGCCAGUUGGUUUUCCAUUAUUUGUCCUCUCCAGCAGCAGCAUCCGCACCACGGCCAAAUGGUGAGCUGCGUGUGUGCUCUGUGCCCUUUGUCCGCGCGCGCACCGAGCAAAGUGAGCCGCCGCCGCCUCGCCUUGCUUUUGCGUAUUCAGUAGUCUUCUCUCUUGCUGCGUGCCCCGUGCGUGCCACCAUGAAUUUUGCAUCGAGUGUGUCGGAGAGAGCAGCCGACGAGUUUUUUCGCGAGCCAAAUGGCACGGGGGCCACAAUUAACUGAAAAAGCGCCGGUAGCUCAGCAUACUCGCAUUUUUUCUCUAACCAGCAGCAUCUUCUGGUUUCAACAACCAAAAAAGAACGAAAGGAAAAAUCUUUAAUUUUAUAUUUUUUCUUUCGCUAGCUGAAUUGACGCUAAAAACUUAGCAACUAAUUUGGAUGUUUCUGUUUCCCCACCUAAAGAAAUUUUUUUAGUAUGUGAUAGCCGGUUCCUGUGUUCCGAGAUGGGCUACCUCCUGAUAUAGCGAGCAACUCGCGAAAAACUCGCGUCCCAAUAAUGGAUAUAACAUGGGCUCACAGGCCUUAUUGGAGGAAGCAUAGUCCAGAAAAGAACCAGCUCGUGAUAAUUCGGGGGGCUUUUAUUGAAAAGCUAGCCAUUUAUCCUAUAAAAUUAUUUCACGUAUGAUGGAAAGCUGCAAGCCAGCGCAUCAAAUGUAGGGGCAAAUCAGCCCGCACUCGAUCCUCAAACAUCGCUCGGAUUCUCUCUAUUAUUGCAAAAGUGUUCGCAAAGCAUGCGCUUCAUUCACAAUGCAAGGCAACGGAUUGGAUGAAAUUUUUGUACAAAUUUUAUUAGGAUUCACCCAACCGAACCCACUGUUUAACAAAUAUCCCGCAAGAAAUACUAGUUGGGAAAAAUGCGUGCGUACAUCACCCACUCUCUCUCUCUCUCUCUCUCUCUCUCUCUCUCUCUCUCUCUCUCUCUCUCUCUCUCUCUCUCUCUCUCUCUCUCUCUCUCUCUCUCUCUCUCUCUCUC